CUGUGAUUGGUGGAAAGAGGCGGGGCCGGGGAUGAUGGCGCGGCCACGCCCACCCCACGGCGCGCCACGCUAUUGUCCGACCGGACCGGGAGUGGAUCGGAACCGGGUCGGGGCGGGUCGUGCCUUAUAGGAUGCUGAGCAGAGCUGUGAGCCACACUGGUGAUGAAGAAGAGGUCCCCAGCUGCCACAGUGCCAUGGGGAGACACAAGUGACAAGGACAGCACGGGACACCAUGGGCAGCUCCUCACCUUGGCUGCGUUGGACGCAAUCGGAGCUGGGCAGCCAGGAGCCCAAGUGCUGGGAGGAAGAGGAGGAGGAGGAGGAGGAGGAGGAGGAAGACUUUGAGAGGCACAUGGAUGAGAAUGGAGUCAUUGGGCUGGGGGCUGCCACUGCGGAGCUCAGCGACCCACAGGACUCAGGCUCUGAGUGGGGACAGGAGGUGGCUGGGAGCCCAGUAUGGGGGGACGGUGAGGACCUGGAUAUGGGGUCCCCAGCAGAGCCACGCUGGUAUGAACAUCAGGACCUGACAGAGGAGGAGGAGGAGGAGGAGGAGGAAGAGCAGGGCAGCUCUGAGGAGGACGAGAGGCCAGAGGGGCCCUGGGGAACAGAGAGCGAUGGGGACCCCCAUGCUGAAACCCCCCUGAAAGCCCCGGGUACCACCACGGAUGGCGGUGGCACCUCAGGGCUUUCAGACUCCAGUCCCAUCCCCAACACCCCCCCACGCCAGCGCUGGGGUUGGGGCAGAGCCAGGGACCCCAACCAGAGCCCCCAAACUCCACAGCAGCCCAAGCCCAGCCGGCUGUCCCCAAGCCCCCGGCAUCGCACCGACACCAAAAAGCCAAAGGACCCCACAGACAUUUGCCCAUAUGGCCGAGGGCGGCUCAACCACCCCCUGCCCGACCUCUCCAAGGUGGAAGCACGGGUGAAGGUGGGGCAGAGCUAUCGCCCACCACCCAGCAGGGCCCUGCCUGCCCACACCAGACCCCUCGGAGGUCCCCUUGUCCCUAAAUCCCCAGCUGAAAUCGUCCGGGAGGUGCUGCUGAGCAGUGGGGAGGGGGCCCCUCCACGGCCCUCUGCCCCCCCUGGAGUGCCGCAGGAGCUCCGUUCCCCCAGGCAGGCCACUGCACUGGUGCAGCAACUACAGGAAGAUUACCACAAGCUGCUGACCAAGUACGCUGAGGCUGAAAACACCAUUGACCAGCUGAGGCUGGGGGCCAAGGUGAACCUUUAUGCUGACCCGCCGUGUGCCAGCUGCAGUGCCCACACUGGCACCAUGAGUGGUGGCUGCAAAGUGAUGGCCUUCAGCAUCCCACGGGCCAGCGCCGCAGCCAUCAGCACAGCCCCAAACCCACAGCUCCCCAUGGGUGGAGCUCCAGCACCACAACCAGCAGAGAUGGGGGCAUCACUGCAGCCCCAUUCGCCUCGCUCCCCCCCAGGGGGCUGCCCCACAUGUGUGGGGCCGUGCUGCUGUGCAGGGCCACGGCUCACACAGACACUGGCAGAGCAGACCCGCAAGUUUCAAGCACAGGUGGAUUCCUUUGAAGCCUGGAUCCAGGCAGGGAGUUCUGUGCCACAGGAGCAGCUCCAGCGGUUCCGGAGGCUGCAGGAUACUCAGGAUGCACUGGAGCGGGCGUACCUGGAGGCACGGGAGGAGCAGAGCAUUGGGGAUACAGGGAACUUCGACCCGGAGCGCACAGUGGAAGGGGACAUCUUCUGCCUGGGGAUGCGCCUGGAGGAGCUGAAGGAGCGUCUGGAGCGGGCAGCACCAGGGAGCCCUGCAGUGACAGAGACCCCCCCUGGCACAGGGGAUGCAGAGGGGAACAGUGACACAGUGGGGCUGCCCCGACCUCUACGGCACAAGCAGCUCAAAGCAGAGGAGGAUUUUGGGGAUCUGCUGCAGCAGUACCAGCGCCUCAAGUCAUUGCCAGCAUCACUGAGCUUGGAGCAGCUGAGCCUGACGGGGAGCACAGCACUGGAGGAUGCAGGUGGCACCAUGGCAGGGGACAGUGGCCCCGUGGGGGUCCUCAGUGGGGCACAGUCACUGGAGGAGGGCACCGACCUGGAGACCUCCCCCUCGCCCCCCCUGCAGAGGAAAGCAGUGCCACUGCCCCACUCUGAACUCCCACACCCACAGGGGACCCACGGCCGCCUGUCCCCUGUCACCACCCCGCUGCCCCCAACCACAUCCAGGCUCCCGCUGGCAUUCCCUGAGCCUUUGCCAUCGCGCACAGCUCCAUCCCACAGCAGCAAUGGGACAGGGAGCACAGCCCCUCAGCACCGUACCCUCAAGCCCUGCCACCAGGAGCAGCGCAUGGUGUCACCGGAGACAGACAGUGGCUUUGUGGGCUCGGAGAGCAGCCGGGUGUCCCUGUUGGCACACACCCCUGAGCAUCAGCCACGGGGCACUGGGACGCAUGGUGUGCUGGAACCCCCUGUCCCUGCUCCACUCCAUCCACAGAAGAAGGAAGCUCCGUUGCUGCCCCCCAGGAAGGCACUGAAGGGUCCCUACUCAGCCCCAGGGCACGCUCCCCCCCCAGGCCACAGCACGGCCCCCAGCACCCCCUCACCGAGCAGCUCCCCAUUGCGCUGGGCUGGCAGCCAGGGCAGUGAGCUGGGACCAGAGGGUGACGGUGCUCACUCUGAUUCAGAAGGAGGAGACAGGAGCUGCGCCAGUGGGCACCCCCCCGGUGGGACACCCACCUCGCCAUCCCCAGCUCCAACUCACCGCGACCUGCUGGGAUUCCGUAUGGAGCGCGACCGGGCCAUCCGUGCGCUACAGGACGAGGUCUGGAGGCUGCGCCUGCGGUUGGAGGAGAGCUUGCACCGGUCCCACAGCUACCCCGAGGGCAGAGCACCCCACAUCCUCAAGGGCAGGAGGCAGCCAGUGGCCAACAGAGCUUCAUUGCUCCAGGAUGCAGCACCUGUGGGGGAGCAGAGCCCCACUGCACGGGACAGGGUGACCCCAGGCGGCCCUAAAGGCAGAUGGGCAUCGCUGCCACGGGAUGGGACAGCACCGGACCUCAGUGAGUGGGGACAGCGGGGACCUCUCCAAACGGAGAGGGGAUGCGGUGGGGAUCAGCUGUGGGGCACAGGGGUCCUGUUCCCUUCAGCCCCCCAGUUGGACCACUCGCUGCGUGCACACGGUGACAGCCGGCCCCGAGCUGCCCCAUCUGCACACAAACGCCCUCGCAGCCCCUUGGGCUCAAUGUCACUGCGGGCACAGCAGGCGGCUGAGCGCCGGGAGCCCGACCCUGUGGGUACAGCACAUGGCCAUGCCCACACUGUGUCUAUGGGGACACAGCACAACCCGGCACCACCCCAUGGGGAGCCGAGUGCUGCGCCGUGCCCCCAUUGCCACCCCAACAGGACAGCAGCAGGUGCCCAAUCAGUCGAUGCCACGCAGCCUCAGCACAGCAGCAUCCCCAGGACCCCCGAGCGCUGCCCCACGUGCCGGGCACCCCAUGGUGACACCAACAGAGCCACAAACGCACAGCGCAGCACCAAUGGCACAGCCCCCCCGGAGCCCCACAGCCGUCCCCAGGCCGUGCAGCCGGAGCAGCCUGCAGGGUGUUGGUACCUGGCGGGGGCACCUCCUGUCGCCUACCUCACCCCCAUCCCCGUGGUGCCUUAUGCGCCCUCAGUGCUGUACUGCCCCCCAUCCGCACCUACCUCAGCCCCACACCGUGCCCGGUCCCCACCACUCUCAGACCUGGAAGAGGACCUGGAUCGAUCCCUGAGCGCAGCAAUGGCAGCAGCACGUCGUGCCCGCGUCACCUCGAGGCGGUUGGGCCGGGCACUGGCAGCUGAGCUGGGCAGGGCACGGGCAGUGAGGGGCUCCUGCCUUUUCUGAGCCCCCCCCACCCUGCUGCCCAUCCCAUUUAGGAUUUAGGUUUAGGUACUGUCCAUGCACCCUGCUGUGCCCAAGGACCACUCUCCUCUCUGCACUUCUAUGUGGAUCUUUCCCCAGGGUACCGCUGUCAGAGGGUUGGUUGACCACAUAUAAUGUGUGUGUCUAUCUAUAUAUAGGUACAUUGCCAGCACAAGCCUCAGGGCACCUGAAGUUUUCCCCAUUACUUGAUGCUGCACGGCCCUGCAAUGUGUGUAGUGGUGCUGGCUGAGGUUGAAGGGCUGCAAUGAGGGGGGAAUGUGGGGUCCCUCCCUGCACAUGGCUUCAUGGGAGCCAGACUUGUAGUGUUCCCUUUGGGAUUCCUAAAGAGAUUGGGAGCUUUUCCUUUGCAAUGCCAAAUCAAUACGACUUUCCUUUAGGCUGGUAGAGUAAAAUCAGCCCUGUGAGCCCCAUGCAUGGGCAGAUCCAGCCAUGUGGUGGUACCCAGCACUCCUAUUCCCCUUUCUUUAUAAUAAAUGAAUGCCUAUUUUUGUAGCACAACUGCUGUUGCACACCCAUGGGGGAUCCUAUUCCCACUGUAGGUCACCCAGAACAACCCCCCCUUCCUACCCCCAGCAUCCUCCUAGCACCCAUUAACAGGGGUGUUUGUAGGUCUUACCUAAAGUGCCCAUGUCCAACUUGUUUACCCUAUCUUUUUCAUAUAAUAACUUAUUCUUUUUUGGGGGGGGGGGGUCCUAAUUAAGACCCCCCCAUAAAGCACUCACAAUGAGCCUAAGAGGGCCUGCAUUCAAGCAACAAGGAGGAGCAAAAAAGAUGCUCUUCCUCACCUCUCCUCUUUUAUAACCCCCCCCCCUUGUUUUGUAUUGGGAUAACUGCCUAUUUUUUAACCAUAAAAUAAACGGCGUGGUUCCGCUCGUGGCUUUUUCUCCUUCCUCCAAGCGAGAGCCUCUGUGCACUACAGAUGGAGAUCGCGUUUAUUGAGUCACCGAGUGCUUUAGUACAGAACAGAGAUAUACAGAGAUGAUACAUGUUUGUGCUUCACCACUUCCAAACAUUGAUAGGUUUCCAGUAACUUCAAGGUAAACAAGUUCCAAGACCGGACCAGUUUUGGUUUUUGUUUCUCUCUUUUUUUUUUUUUUAUAAGUUUUCCUUUUUGAUAAAUUAUUUUUUUUUAUAUAAAUAACAGAAAAAAAAAUAAUAAUAAUAAUUAAUAAUAACAUCCAACGUAAGGGGAUCUUGAAGCCAUCGCUAAACAUAAGGAACUCAAAGAGGGCAGGGGGGGGGAACCGAUGAAUAUCAGUGCAAUGAUAACAG